CCGCCUAUAAGAAGGGCCGCGCGCCCGCGCCGGUCACUCGCCUGCGCGCCCUCGCCGGACUGCGGUACCAUGGCCCCCGCCCGCCUGUUCGCGCUACUCCUGCUCCUGGUUGGCGCCCCCGCCGCUGCCGCCGAGUCGAUCCGAGAGACCGAAGUCAUUGACCCCCAAGACCUCCUAGAAGGCCGAUACUUUUCUGGCGCCCUACCAGAUGAUGAAGAUGUUGGGGGUCCUGGACAGGAACCUGAGGACUUUGAGCUGUCUGGCUCUGGAGAUCUGGAUGAUUCAGAGGACCCCGAGAUCUCUCCUAAAGUAAUCCAGCCCUUGGUGCCUCUAAAUAACCACAUCCCUGAGAGGGAAGGGCCUGGCAGCCAGGUCCCCACCAAACCCCAGGACCUGGAAGAGAAUGAGGUCAUUCCCAAGAGGAUCUCACCAUUUGAAGGGGGUGACAAUGUGCCCAACAAGGUGUCCAUGUCCAGCACUGCCCAGGGCAGCAGCAUCUUUGAGAGGACAGAGGUCCUGGCAGGUAAGGUCCAGUGCUCCUCACCAGGCACCUCAAAGGGGAGAGGGCUCAGUGGGCGACAGUGCUGAGGCACACGUGCCUUU